AUGGACAUGAUCGACUGGGAGAGUACAACAUUCUUUUCCUGUUCUGCCUUGUCUCCUGAUGGAUGCACAGACGAGAAGUUCGACCAAUUCUCCUCUCGGGAAGCUUGCUGUCAGUGCGGCGGUGGCCUUCGAUCGGCCACCCCUUUCAACUACUAUGUGGGCGCGACGGUCGUGGGUGCCACAAGUGUCCUGGGAUACCCGGUCCCCCGAACAGCAUCGCACUACUUUCUCAACGAGGGCUGCAAACUCCUGGAGCAUGGCCUGACGAUCUCCGGUGGGACAGGGGAGCUGAAGCUCCUGGACAGCUGCACGUCAGUUGGCUGUGGCUCCACAGAGAGUUUCUCCGUGUCUUGCACGAUCACCGCAGAGCAAACUCUCGCAGAUGGGCUGGAGAUUUCGGCGACUGCAAUUGGAGGGGGUGCUGAAGCUGUGAGAUUGUAUUCGAUGACACUUGGGCAGAGUCUCGUUUACACUGACAGAGACUACACCUUCACGUCACUCGCAGACUACGACCCCAACUGCUUCUUCCUGCGCGGCCCGAACUCUGACAAAAACACGGCCUCGUCACAGGUGCAGUGGACCAUCACGGCAAGCUUCGAUGCCAACGUCUACUUGGACAUGUGGGAUGGGCAGGAAGCCCUUGGCUUUGCAAGCUGGACGGAUCGCUCUUCGUGGACGACUUCCUUGCUGGCGGGUGUCACCUAUGGUUCGGAGGGGCCGGGGAGCGUGUACACAAGGGCAUACUCAGCUUCGGAGACCAUUACACUUUAUGGCAACGAGGGUGGUGGAACUGGCACUUACUUGGUCUUUGUUUGUCCAUCCCGAUCUACGUCCACGAGGCUCACGGCCUCUGCUGAGCUGACAGUGACGGCCUUUCAGGGCUUCUCCUACGGCGCGUUUCCCUUGAUCUUCCUCUCUUGGCAGGACUACUCCUACUUGCCUGAGACGGUGCAGGGCGAUCAAUUCCAAGACUUGGCCUGUGCUCCCAAAGAGGUGGCAGAUGCACUCAGCUUUGAUGCAAGCACUGGCGAGAUCACAUGGGGUUCCACCAGCACCAGCGGUGGCGUGAUCUUCGAUGGGAGUGCCCUGGCAGGUAUGAAGGGAAGCAGGAGCGGCAUUUGCCAGCUGACUCAGGGAAGCGCCACAAAUGCCUUCGCUGUGAUCAAGCCCGAGAUCUGGCAGUCUUUGGACUACAACUACGGCGGAACGAUCUACGUGACUCUGGGAGAGGAUUCGCCCACCCUGAGGCCGUUGUCCGAAAGUCACAAGGUUGCGCCAAGCCGCUUCUCAGCGCAGGUGCACGCGGUGGACGGGGCUGAUGCCGAGUCUUUCUCCUUUGAUGUCCUCACAGGCGCAUGCACCUACCAGGGCUACGAGCUUUUUCAGCUCAACAUCCAAACUGGUGCCUUGACGCUGUCCCCUGCUGAGAGCAUCGCAGACCUCUUGGAGGCCACGAGUGUGCGCUCAUCCAUGGUAAGGACCUUCACCAUCUUUGCCCAUUAUGAGUGGCCACCGCUAGGGACAGGCCCUAUCCUGCAGCAGAACAUCACAAUGGACUUCCGCGAGGACACCUGCUGGCCCAAGCAGAACUUGAGCUUCUCGUCGCGGACCAACUUCACAAGCGAGUCUGUAGUGGAUGAAGCUGCUUGCAGACAGCUUUGCCGAGACAAGCUGGACUGCACCCAUUAUGCAUUUUCUGACGGGUGCUAUGAGUACAGCCAGCUGUGUGUUUCAGACUGCGCUUUUGAGAGUGUGGAGGUGGCUGCCCGGUAUCCUGGGUGUGGCGAGAGGACGUCCUGCGUGUACCUGGACCUUCCGAAUUUUUAUUUCCUGUCGGGGAGGUACUGCCCAGCAGGUGAGAAGCAGGCAGCCGAUGGGCAGGUCUUCAAGAAAAGUGGCCGCACUGAGGAGGAUUCCUUUUGGUUGGCCGCCUACGAUGAGACGCUGGGCGAUUCAUGCACCGGCAAGACUUGGAUGCUGCAAAUGCCCGACGACCUUGACUUCCUCAAUGACACCGCACAUUAUCUGGAGCUUCAUGGCGAAGGUGUGGCUUGCCUGGGGGCCGAUGAUUUCAUCACUGACCUUUUCGAGUCCUCACCUCACACUGUCGACUUCGUGUACGUUGGGAACUCCGUGACAGGCACUGGCACGGCCACGUUGCGGGUGCCAGGUUGCAGCGCUCCAAACCUGACCAUGGCCCACAAGCUCCAAGCGAAAGGGGACAUCGAGUCCGACCAGGAAGACUUGGCUGCUGUCAAGAUGCUGAUCCUGGAUGACCCGUCCACUGCCUUGGUGGCCGACCACUGGCUGCACCCUUGCCAAUGUGCCCCGGCUGAGUGGGGAAGCCAAGAGCCCGUAACAAGCGACGCGGUCGAAAACAUCCCGGCCGGAAGUUCCAACGCCUUUUACGCAGCGCCUUUUGAGAUCGUGGCGGGCGCAUUUGUGUGUGACCAGCGCUACCUCUUGAAGGUUCAUGUGAACAUCGACACCGAAAGCUUCGACCCCGAGGUGUGCGAGGAAAUGUGUGCGGAGCAGCCUCUGUGCAAGUUCUUUUGGGCUGGCGCGGUGGGCUCCAGCAACCAGUGCUGGUUUUACUGGCAUUGCGACACCCUUUACCGACAACUUGGCGUCAACGGAAAGUUGCUGGCCUGGGAGAGAACAUCCAAAGUGUGCAGGGUGUCCAACGUUGAAGUUUGUUGGCACACCACGAAGCGUCGGGAGUUCUUGGGCGCCUUCCAUUCUUCUGACCCCUUUACUUUGCCCGCUUGUCUGUACCAAGACCUCUUCACUCAAUGCGAUCAAAAGCUGAUGCUCGGGGGGAGCGGUGUUGAGAGUUGCGGCCAGUGCAUGUACGUCCGUGUGGAAGACGGCAACUACGCUGUGUCGCCUCCGAAGUUGGAGCCGGCUCUUGCGGGGGCCCUCCUGGCGUUUGAGUCUGCCAGCAUCGAAGUCCUGAAGCGCAGCGUCAUGGAAGCGGGCACUGCCUCCGUUUGGACGGAUGGCACCGAGGUGUUUACGAGCUUGGGUGGCCUCAGUGGCAGUUGCUAUUACGUUCGAGGACCUCAAGAGACUGAUCGAACGUAUCCAGAUAAGCUUUGGAAGCUUGCCAUCACCGCCCCUUCAACAGUGUACCUGGACUUCAUCACAGGGGACUUCGGAGACUUUGACAGUUGGGACGAGCGAGGUUUGUGGAUGGAGUCUUUGGAGGGAGGUGCGACGGGCGCUGUCACUGGGCAAGGCUCCAUGUAUCAUCGAGCUUAUCCUGGUGGAGAAAUAGAGCUUCCGGCUGGCGACUACUUGGUUUGGGUUUGCGUUGAGAGCGGGCCACCAUCGGCGGCGCAUGUACUCAGCAACUACGAGCUUGUGCAGUGGACCGAUUCAGCUCUCGAUAGCUUCGGCUUCACGGACCGGGUCGAUGGGGACGCAAUUUACAAGUUCACCAACCUUGGAGGUGUACGGCAAGAUGGUGCUUGCUACUUCCUUCGCGGUCGCAAUGACGCCAAGAACACGGACUACACCGCUAUCCAGUGGAGCAUCCGGGCUCCAUGGCCGGCCGUUGUGUACUUGGAUUUUCUGAUGGGGACGGACGGUGAGGGCUUCGGCUUCGCGAAAUGGCCUGAUCGAUCCUCAUGGACAGUGUCAUCGUUGGCAGGUGUUGAAUCCAUAAAUGAGGCUGAUGGCUCAACGACGGGUCCAGGAAAUGUGUACAGCCGGGUCUAUGCUGCCGGAGAAGGCAUUGAGCUUCACGGCAACGAUGGCGAUGGUGCGGGCUCGUAUCUUGUUUUCGUGUGCCCCGUGAUCACGGAUGAACGUAUCUCAGGAGACAGUCACACGACUUCUGUCGCCGAAUGCCCGAGCGGUUCUGUUGUGGUGGAUUGUGCGACAGAUCCGGAGCAGACGGGGUUUAAGCUUGUCGCAACGAGCACUUCGUGUGAGGCUCGCGCAAGCAGCAACGUAAUGGCCAUCGCAACUUGCUCCAAUGGAGGUGAGACGACAGUUGCAGACAGCGGCUUCGUGGGGGGCCCCGAGACCAUCACGCUGAGCUGCGAUGAUGGUCUUGCACCCUCCUCGUGCAGCUGCGAGGAAAACGAUCAGAACGACGCCUCUCUGGAGGCGUGCGGCAGCUUGUAUUUUGAGCCCUCCGGCAAUGCUUGUGAGCUGGCAUUUACUUCUGCCGACGUGAUGCCCAAGAUCUAUGCAAUUUGCCACCGGGAAUCAGAUGACCUGCCCACAUCCAAAUUAUUGCCAGCCUUAGGGCCAAGUCAGGUGCUCGGGGUGAUCGAAGUUGAUUUCGAUGAAUACGACCGAUCUGUUGCCAGCUGCCCAAUGGGCUCCUAUGUCGUGGCUUGCGCCACAUUUCCUGAGCAAGCUGGCUACCAGAACGUUCCGACUAGCACGACCUGCAGCAUUACCUCCACGGGCAACACCGAUGUACUUGCUGUGGCGACUUGCUCUUUCGCAGGCGCUUUGACGGAAAACUCGUGA